AGUUCAGAUUUUAAAAAAAAAAAUCUAAAGCAAGAUACAAGAGAAGCACAACUGCAGAAGUCCUCUGUUUAUGCCUAAUGGAAAUGGAAUUCCUCUGUUUCUAGUUGAUGCAUUUUCAAAUUUUAUCAAUUCAAAAUUGUAAAAACGUGUGCCUGCCUAAAUGGAACCAAUAACUUAACCUAAAAAAUUAAGAUAAUUGCAUUUUGUACAAGUAAAUACAUUAUCACACCACCUAACUAGAACUGGCAACGAAUAAUUUGACAAAGAAACUAACUAUACCAUCAGGCAUCAAUUUUCCUGCGCCUUAAGCCAGUUGGACCUGAAAGACAAUCAUGACAGAUAUCAAUAGCUUCAGUGUCAAACUUGCAUGCUUUCAACUGUGAAGCCGUGGUCCCUCUUGUAUGUAUAUGUCACAAGGCACAACACCAGGUGCAUGCUUACAGCACACACAAAGGUUAUUCUGGUUUUUUUUUUCCCUUCUUGGCAUGGGGAAGGGAAUUUCAGUGGCUUUUGUGGCACUGGUGAUGGCAGUUCUUGCUCAGGUGACUAGUAUGAUAUUGACCAAAGAAGCCAUGAGCAUCGGACUGAGUGAAUAUACUCUUGUUGUCUACUCUAAUGCUCUCUCCACUCUUAUCCUUACCCCUUCUUCCUUCAUCUUUCACAGAUUAGAGCGUCCUCCGCUCAGCUUUUACAUUGUCUUCAGCUUCUUCUUACUUGGCUUUAUUGGGUUUGUAAAAAAGACCUUGUUUUUAUUUUCGAAGAGGUUCAAGUUGUGGUUAAUGGGACUUGCUGGUUUAAACUACGCCUCUGCUACGCUUAACACAACCAUGCUCAAUCUCAUUCCAGCCUUUACAUUCAUACUUGCCUUACUAUUCAGGAUGGAAAAGCUAAACUGGAGGAGCUCAAGCAGCCAAGCUAAGUCUUUUGGAGCUGUAGUGUCAAUUACAGGGGCAUUUGUUGUGACUUUCUACAAGGGCCCAGCAGUGAUCCACCAACGCUUGUCUUCUGACCCGUUGAGUGGUCCAUGUCUCUUCUCACCAAAAUCACAUUGGGUCCUUGGAGGAUCACUCCUAGCCGCUGAGGCAUUCAUGUCCUCAUUAUGGAUUAUUCUGCAGGCCUUAAUCCUUAAGAAGUACCCUGCAGUGCUGAUCUUAGCCUCCUUCUACUGCUUCUUUGUGACCAUACAAGCUGCAUUAGCCUCACUGAUACUAGUAAAAGACCCAAGUGCUUGGAGUUUAAAACCCAAUAUUGGUUUGUUUGCAGUUUUAUACUCAGCGGUUGUUGGGACUGCGUUACGUACCAGUGCGGUAGCAUGGUGCCUGCAGAGAACAGGACCUUUGUAUGUUUCUAUGUUCAAGCCCCUUGCUGUUGUUGUCGCAGAUGUCAUUGAUGUAAUUUUUCUGGGACAAGCUCUGCAUCUCGGAAGCUUGGUUGGAGCAGCUGUAAUUAUCACUGGCUUUUAUGCUGUGAUAUGGGGUAAGGCCAGAGAAGAGAAGUUGCAUGAGGACAGUGGAGAAGGGCAGUGGUCAGAAUCAUCAUCUGAAAGCACCCCCCUGCUGCAAAGUGCAAAAUAAGACACAGAUUUGUCUUGUCUAGAAACCAUGGUCUUAGACGUCUUUGUAAUUUUGAUGUGCAAUUUGAUGUGAUUUAUGCAUAUAUAUAUAUAUAUAUAUAUGUUAAGCAUUUCCACCUAUCAAAAGAAAAAUAUGUUGAGCAUUUCCAUGCAGAUGUUCAUCUCAGAUAUUUGGAAAUAUCUGUAUAGCAUACAGUUCUCCC